AGGAGCGGGCGAGCCCCUCCUCCUCCUCCUGCUCCGACGUUUUCAUAAAAACCGAUUCUGGUGCAGGAGCACACGGCCAGAGGCAGCAGCAGCAGCCUUUAGCCUUUGCUAAAUUCACAAAGCUGCGUGUUGCUGACCGCUUGACGUGUUUUUGUUUUGUUUGGGAAGGGCCCUGCGCUCAUUAACAGCGUUUUAAUAUCCGGCAUAAGUACACGUUUAGAAUUACGUGAAAGCAAGAGCUUACAGCCUGGGCCACCCACCUGACAUUUCAGAGCAGGACCUGGGGUCCAGGGACCAACCAAGACCAGGACAGGGACCAGGGACCUUGACCCUAGAACCUAGCGUAGGACCCGAGAGCCGGAGCCGAGGUUUGAGACCGUAGCCUGGGACCAAGACUGAUCAUCUGGACAAGAACAGCACGAGAGAGAGAGAGUUCAGGACUCGGAGCUCGUCCUCGGAACAGAACCAGAGCACGACGCGAAGCAGGAGCUGAGAUCCUGACGGGGGACCUGGCCCCGGGGACUGAGACCCCGGCGUGCAUCCCAGGUUGAAGCUACGAGGGGCAAUGGCGUCACGCGAUGAAAUCACCAUCACUCAGGAGGAUAUGCGGGCGCGCUACGCUCACGCGGACCGCAUGGCGGACCUGGUCGCCAUGUGGGAGGUCGCGCUGAGCGACGGAGUGCACAAGAUCGAGUUUGAGCACGGCACCACGUCGGGCAAGCGCGUCGUGUACGUCGACGGCAAGGAGCUGAUCCGCCGGGACUGGAUGUUCAAGCUGGUUGGCAAGGAGACCUUCACAGUUGGCGCCACCGAGACCAAAGCCACCAUCAACAUUGACGCCGUGAGUGGGUUUGCGUACGAGUACACGCUUGAGAUCAACGGCAAGAGCCUCAAGAAGUUCAUCGAGAACCGGUCCAAGACCAGCAAGACGUGGGUGCUGCAGCUGGAUGGGGUGGACAUCCGCGUGGUGCUCGAGAAGGACACCAUGGACAUUUGGUGCAAUGGAGACAAGAUGGAGACUGCGGGCGAGUUUGUGGAGGAGGGCACUGAGACGCACUUCACGCUGCUGGACCGGCACGAGUGCUGCAUCAAGGCGGUGAGCAGCGGGCGCCGGCGCGAGGGCAUCGUGCACAGCCUCAUCCUCAACGGGGUGGAAGUGCCCGAGGUGCUCGAGUGACGGCCGUGCCUGCACGGGCGCCGGCGGCACCCUCAGCACGGCCGGACAGACGGAGCGGCGGGGCGCACUCGCUGCGUGUGACCAACGAUCAUCAGAGAUUUAAAAUUAUUAUCAUAUUUGAAUAGAGAUGAGAUUUGCUAUUAUUUUUAUGAGAGAAUACAUUGCUUAAAUGAACAGGCUGUGGGUGCGGCAAUCCCUGCCGACUCGUGGCCACCGGAAAUUCUAGGACACGGUAAGACGGGGAGCCCCAAGUUGGGAGCCACUUCAUUGUCCGGGGGUAGUAAAACCCUACGAGUGGGAUGAGACUGUAAGAGCAGACCUCGGGGGUCUCGGGUGUGGACUGUGGAAUCUGGCAAAAGGUGAUGGGCGAGGUGCGGUGACAUCAACAGCACUGGACGUGAUGACCACCUCUUCAACCUCGACUUCAGUGACGCCCGACCACUCAAUUCCCAUCCACUCGAUGCCACUCCAUUGCAGGGGGCAUACGGGAGGCAAUGCUAUUAGGAAGGCAUGCCCACCUCCCGCCCCCCCCCCCCCCCCACAGAAUCACCACUACCGGUGACAUCAGCACACAACGUCAUCUGGAUUGCUAUGAAAAAAAUACGUUUGCGUGUGACCUCCGCAGGUUAACAUGUGACCAACACUUCGGUUCACAGCUCAAGAUCCCAUCCAUUAGCAUCUCAAGGGCAGCUGCCGCGAACCAACACCAUGAUCCUUAUUCUCCCACGCAAUUGUAAUUGUGGUUCCUGGUUCUAAUAUCUGUGUCGUGUGUGUGUGUCAAGAUUUUGCAAUUAUGUCCACAUUGUUUCAAGAUUUUCUCUGCGCCUGCUAUGAAACACUUCUGUAGAUGGACGUUGCUGGGCAAUGAGUGAGGCCCGGCGGAUAAUUCAUUGAGCAGUAGUCGCCACAUCCCACGAAUGUGAAAGAUGAGCUGCCUGCUUGAAGCCUCGCGUCCGGCCGCUGCUCAUACAUAGAGAGUGCCCGACGGCCGCAACGCACAAGUGGGCUCCGAUGCUGCGACGACCGUGGGGGUGCUGCGAAUGCGAGUGGCGUUUUGGCGUUAACUACCGUGGGUGCAAUUCGCUUCGUUUGUCAUUUAAUUCGGGUGUAAGUAAAGCGGGUGAAAAAACGUUAAUUGUGUUUUAUGCAUCCUACCAGAGAAAUGAAAAGCAGCCAAAAACUGAAAAGGCCAUACACUGCAAUAGAGAGGAGGGGCAUGCAGUUUGGGAUACAGAACACUCACCAACCAAAUGAUAGCCCUACCCUUAACUAACCAGCCACUAGUACUAGCUCUCCCUCUGACUAAACCGUAACCACACUCGCCAACCAAACACUACCUCUGUCAAGAAACCACUCGUACGACAAGCCAUUCCAUUGAUCCGAACCCCAAAAACUACACCAGCCAGUCUCACUAUCCCCUCCCUCGAACUCGCCAACCAACCAACACCACUAAACAACCAGCCACUCAUACUAGUCAUUUGACUGAUCAUAAUACGAGCCGACUAUUCAAGCAGCCAAUAGUAUUCACCCUCCCUCUAAACCCUCACCAUACCGACUUAACACUUCCCCGAAUCAACUAACCAACCAGCCGCUAGUACUUGCCCUACCUCUCGCUAAACCAUAACUACGCUAGCCAACCAAUCACUACCCUCAAACCUAACCAAGAAGCUACCAGCCACUAAUAUUACUCCCACUGACCUUAACCGUGCCACCUAUGGCUCUUUGUCAAAGCCCCUUUUCCACGAUUGGGUCACUUUUCAGUGUUGGUGUUCACAGUACCCAUGACACUGGCAGCGAGGAGUCCAAAGGAGGCAUGAACGAUUGGUCCUCACGAACCCGAGUUAAUUCAGUGCAAGGCACCUGUGGAAAUCGCUUCCUUGCUCCACACGUAGUCAAUUACGAUCUUAGCCAAAAAAAAAGCUGUUGACCUUGUAAGCCUCUGGCUCAUGUUAUGCGUUAAGUCUCCGAUAUUGUGUUCCUUUCGUGGUUCUUGUGCGGUGUUUUGUGUAUGAUUCUAGGUUGAUGUGAUUGCGUGUCCAUAAUCUUCCUGUUGGCGACAUCACUCGUGCUGAUCAUGGGUGCUUAAUGCAAAUUGCGGAUUUACGAUUCGCAGCGUGGUCAGAUUGUGAGGGUCGAUUCGCAUCUGUGAUCAUCCGAGUUGCUUCAACAGUAAAGUGGCGCCGGCUGCUGUCCGCGAGCUGCGACCGCGUGCCCACGCGGAUCGGGGUUCUCUUCUCGCGUGCAGCUCACGCCCCGAGGGUUCGGUGAGAGUGGAAGACACAAUAAACCGCCUGGGCCCAUGCUCGUCACA